UUUCGCCUUUCAUCCUUUGGGUUUCGUAGCAAGAAAAUCACAACCUUUGUUCUUUCCCUUUGGAUCACAAUACGAACACCAGAAAAAAGAAAAAAAAAACACAAACAAAAAAAUAUCGAAAACGUUCUCGCAAAAACAAAAGAUCAUUUCAAGUUCCGAGCGGAAAUGAAAUCUGCACAAAUUUUUUUCUGAAAAUUCCCACAAAAUUCAACAACUUAGUAACGAGCAUUUUGUUUCGUUUGACGCUUGUACCGAAUCAAGCGGAGGAGGUUAUGUUAUUGUUGUUGUGAUCAGACGGUGGGGGAGAGAGGCUGGGGAAUUGGCGAGGAGGAAACGGCAUCGGAUUGGCCAUGGAAUUGCUGUGCGCGACGAGGACCACGGGCGACCUUUGGGCUCGGGGAAUCGGAGGAGGUUUCAGCCAUGAGAGCGAGCAUGAUUUGGCUCUCAUGGUCAGUGAUUUUCUCGAAAACGGAAGCGGCGGCACCGAUUCUCGCUGUAGCAGCGACUCCGAUUCCGGUUUCUCCGAUCUCGCACACCUCGCAGAUAAAAUCUCCUUUUACAAGCAUUCUGUGCCGCGGUAUGAGAUGGACUUGAUGUCGGUGGUUAAUUCCCUCAUAUUGUCCAUUAAAGAGACAGACCUUCACGUUGUCAAGUCAGGCCAAUGUAACGGUAGCUGCAUUAGGUUUUCUCUGGUAAAGCUCUUGAGACUUUCUGGUUAUGAUGCUGCUGUGUGCUCCACGAGGUGGCAGGGUAGUGGGAAGGUGCCAGGAGGGGAUCAUGAAUAUAUUGAUGUGCUAAAUUACAGUAGUACCGGGAGUUCUGAGCGUUUGAUCAUUGAUAUUGACUUUCGAAGCCACUUUGAAAUAGCUAGAGCUGUUGAUUCUUAUGAUAGAAUAUUGAAAUCGCUUCCAGUUGUGUAUGUGGGGUCCUUGGUAAGGUUGAAACAGUUCCUUCAGGUUAUGGUUGAAGCCGCAAGAUCUUCUUUGAAUCAAAAUUCAAUGCCUCUUCCUCCCUGGAGAUCUCUUGCUUAUUUGCAAGCGAAGUGGCAGUCCCCCAACCAGAGACUUUUUGAACCGGAUGAACAGAAUAUCAAUUGCACCUGUUCUUUUGAUCAUAAACAGUGCAGAGGACACUUAAAAAGGCUGCAGUCUUCUCUGCAUUCUGAAAUUGAAUCAGAGCGAUUUUUGAAGCCGAUAAACAGUGAUAAUAACCGGAGGUUGAAAAUUGAGAGGCAUCGGCAUUCCUUGUUGAGACCUUUUUGAGAGGUACAAAUUUUGACCUUGGAGAUUCAAGUUCCUUCUGAGAGUGUAAUUCUAUUGCGGCCUUCUUUUCAGUGAUAUUUAUUUUCCACAUGUUAAAUAAGUGAUAACCAGCAGGCACUGCUAACAGUAAUAAACAGUAAUAUGGCGAGACAUCUUCCUUCUUUACAUCUCAAGUUGAUGAGCGAUACAAUUAUCUUUCAUUUUCUUUUUGCGUUUGUAUCAAGUUUUCGGAGCUGCAUGUCCAUUUUCUUUAUGUUUGAUUGAACUUACCGUAAACCAGUUGGGUUGGUACCACUAUUAGCGAAUUGUUCAGUAGAUUCUUCCUGGGUUUUGCAUUCUUAUCUUGAAUGUAUUCCUCGCCCCUUAUUAUAUGGGUUUUGGAAAGUUUUGCAAUUAUAAUUUUUUCUUAUAUUUUUAGAAUGUUUCUGCCUUUGAUGA